CAAAUAUCGUGAGAAUAGGAAGUGCGUGUCAGUCAAUUCGCAAAUAGUUACAACAACAGCAAAAAAUAAAAAACAAAAAAAAACCAAAAACAACAAGUACAACUAAACAAGUACAUCCAAUUUAAUUACAUUUAGUUAGGCAAAAAGUCGGGAAAUUCUGUGCAAAUCAAAGUGCAUUUCGGAUCUAUCAAAACGUAUCAAAAAAAUUGAUUGUUCAAACGUAAUAAAUAUACGAAGGUCCUUAAUGUCUUAUAAAAAGAUAUUUACGGUUUAUUAAUUCAAAUUAACCGUACAAAAAACCGAUGCAAAUUAAUCAGAAGUUAUAAUCUUUGGACUUGUUAUUGUUAAUCGUUUUGUUUGCCUGCAAUAAAGUUUUAUAUAUGUAUAAAUUGCUCAAGUAACUGAUUUUCGUCAGCAAAACAGGCCACUAUAACUAUCUGUUAAUUGAUUGCCACACAGCUUUAAAUAGUUGAAAUAGUUGCGAAAAUUGCGAUAAAUCAAAAACAUUUGCAGCUCUCAAAAUGAAACUGUUCACAAACAAAACCCAGCGCAAUGCAAAGCUACUGCGAUGUGCUGCGCUUGGCAUGACACUUGUUUUCUUUGGAGCAGCCAUCUUUAUGACAGAUCCCGUCAAGCUAAUUGUCGAUUGGCAAAUCAGUCUGAGUCCUCAUGCGCUGCUGCGCAAGCUGUGGCUCGUUCCACCGCUUGAUGUCUACAUCAUGGUCUACAUGUUCAACUACACAAAUGUGGAUGCGUUUAUAGCGGGCACGGAUGCCAAGAUGAAGGUCGAGGAGGUUGGCCCCUAUGUUUAUCAGGAGGUGCUCUCCAAUCAUAACAUAACCCUGAACGAGGCCAAUAACACCAUCACCUACACGCCGCGUCGUGAGUAUAUCUUCGUGCCGGAGCGUUCGGUGGGUGACCCGAAAAUCGAUCGCAUUCGGGCGCCUAAUAUACCCUACAUGGGCGUCAGCACACAGGCAGCCAGCCUCUCCAUGUUCGCCGCACUCGGCCUGAGUGCUUUGGCCAAACGCCUCAAUGCACAACCCAUGCUGGAGGUCAGCGUUCACGACUACAUGUGGGGCUAUGAGGAUCACCUGGUGCAUUUGGCUUCCAAGUUUGUGCCCAGUCUGAUCGAUUUCUCCAGCUUUGGCAUCAUGGAGAAGCUAUUUCGCGAGGGCAACGAGAGCAACGUGGUCAAUAUGCAUCUGCCGGAGCUCAAGGAUGCGCAUGGUGUUAACCUGCCUGGCUCGCCACGCGGCUAUUCCAUCAAUAGCAUUAACUACGAACGCGGCUUUAAGCGCUGGGAGUACGAUGAGGCCACCAACGGCACUCAGUGUAAUCGCAUUUGGGGCAGUCAUGAUGCCACCCUUUUCCCAAGAGACAUGAACGAACACGACACCUUCCAAAUCUAUCGACGAACUUUCUGUCGGCUCUUGCCUAUGAAAUUCAAUCGCACACUGAACUUUAAGGGUCUGGAUGCCUAUGAGUACGUUAUGGAGCCACAUAUCUUUGACAGCGAGCUGCACAGCGUCAAUUCCUCAUGCUUUUGCAAGAACAAUCACUGCUUGAAGCGAGGAGUAGGCAAUGUCUCUCCCUGCUAUUACAAUAUGCCACUGGCUAUUACUUAUCCGCACUUUAUGCAUGCUGAUCCCAGCUUACUGAAACCUUUUGAAGGACUUAAUCCAAAUGAGUCCCGCUUUACAUCCACUUUCAUGAUGCAGCCGCAACUGGGCGUACCUUUGCAUGUUCAUAUGCGUCUACAGGCCAACCAAGUGGUGGGCAACAUCAAGUUCAAUCGGCUCAUGGAACCUUUUGAGAAUUUAGUGCUGCCGCUGCUUUGGGUCGAUCUCACCAUUGAAAAUCUGCCCCUGAGCCUGCAGGUUCUGGUUCAUGCACUAAAAACUGGUUUCCCGCUGCUGCAGCUUGUGGUGUCGCUCGGCUUGAUCCUGGGCGGCCUUUACCAGCUAAGUGCAGCGCUUCUUCUAUGCUUUUGGUCGCCACCAGCUGGCAUCCACAAGUCCGAGCACGGGGAGAAGGCCGCGAGCGUAUUGGGCGCGCUAGCCAUAGGCGCAUCCCUGCACAAAUCUUUGCCGGCAGAGUGUGUGCAGCCGGAGGUACAGCAGCCGCUGUUAGACGAGAAUGCAGACAAGCUUGAGGUUUAGGAAGUGCGAAAAAUUCAAUUGGAACAAUACCUCAACCUACGAUGGGCAGGCCUGGGUUGGGUGCUGUCCACACUCUGUGAUAUUAGGAGCUAAGCAAAUAAGGAGAUUUGGUGUAGAUUAUAUUCUGCUCAACGGAAACAACUUAGGGAACAUUCUAUGCUUAUGUAAAAUUUUAAGGUUAAUGGUAAUUUGUUUGCACUCGAUAAAUAUACAUAUGCAGCAUGAUAACUGUACAAGAUUA